AGCAGCGCAGCCCCUGCAGCAGCCACCGAUCCCAUAUCAGUUUCAUCGGGCAGAGGCAUGGCAGAGCACAGCAUCAGGAGCAGGGCAGCAUGGCUGAGGGUCGGGCACUGGGUGCUGCCGGCUUUGCUCUGCCUCCUGCUGCCAUCCACGUGGGCGCUGCCUCCUCCUCCUGCCCACAACCUGACCAAGGGACUCAACUGCUCCAGGACACUGCUGGCCGCUGCCAACGAGGCACUCCUGCAAGUGCAGAAACAGGGAGUGCUGGGAUUUGAAUGCACCCUUGAAGAGGUUGAUCUUGAAGAUGUCACCAACAGCCAAAUCAACACAAUAAAAUCCUGCACAUCUGAGGAUCCAGGGGCUGGAAACUGUCCAGUACUGGAAAGUUCUACUUUAGAUACGAGCAAAUGCCUGCGGGGGAUCUACGAAGAUCUGAAAACCUACAAGGCAGAGCUGAGGAACCUCAAGGAUCUGAGGGUGCUGACAUCCAUUGACGACAUGAUGCAAGUCCUGCAGCCCCGCAGCCCGGCCGCGCCGCAGCCCUCGCCCAGCACCAUCCUUGGCUCCUUCCAGGGCCGCAUGCGGCUCUGCGGGGUCCUGCACGCCUUCUGCCUGCGUGCCGUCACCAUCAGCAGGAUGCUGGGCUACCUGAGUGCCCUCACUGCAGAGACAUAAGAAGGAAACGCAGCAGCACGGCCGCCCUGCUGUACAGUUACUGAUAAACCACGUUCUGCUGUCGGUGCCUUCGGAGCUAGAGCCUCCAACUUCUAAGCACGGGGACAAUAGGCUGUAUUUCUCAGACCACCAAAUGCUCAGCUGUUAUUUGUCUUCAGAGUUUUAUUCAUUCAAUUGUAAGCUCCUGAAUCGGAUAUUUAUAAUAAUCCUGGUUUAUUUAUGAUGGUGCUCCUUAUUUAUUCUAUUUAUUGCCUAAUAAAAUUGAAGUUGACAUAAA